AUGGAGAGUGCAUUAGUGAGUAGAGAUCGUAUGGGUUUGCAGGACUUUGUCCUCUUAGAAGACUAUCAGAACGAAGAUGCCUUCUUAGAAAACCUGCAGAAAAGAUUUAAAAGAACUUAUUUUUUUUAACAGACCUACAUUGGAUCUGUGUUGGUGUCCGUUAAUCCAUCAGGCAUCGAUAUUUACGAUAUUGGUACCAUGGAAACAUACCGAGGUGUUAAUUUCUAUGAAUUGCCACCACAUUUCAGUUUUGCUAUUUCUGAUACGGCAUACCGAGCAAUGAGAGACGAAGGUAGAGAUCAAUGUAUCUUUGAUAUCAGGGAGAGUGGAGCUGAAAAACAGAGGCAAGUAAAAAAAAUCCUACAAUAUUUGGCUCAAUGCAGUGGCCACAAAGGAGAAGUAGACAGAGUAAAAGAUCGUCUAUUACAAUCAAAUCCAGUGUUGGAAGUAUCUUUUGGAAAUGCUAAAACUAAUCAUAAUGAUACAUCUCGUUUUGGAAAGUACAUGGAUAUUCAGUUUGAUUUUAAAGGUGCUCCUGUUGGUGGACAUAUUAAAAAUUAUUUAUUGGAGAAGUCUCGCGUUAUUUACCAACAAAAUGGAGAGAGAAACUUUCACAUUUUUUAUCAGUUGCUUCAAGCUGACUCCACCCUCCUUAACGAGCUUGGUCUUAAGUCUUCUGCUGAUGAUUAUCACUUUCUCUCUCAGUUAUUUCAAUGCCCUCAAGAGAAAUUGGACACUGCUUUGACUAACCGAUCAAUUGAAGCUAGACAAGAGAAGCUUAUCUCUCCUUUAACAGUGGAACAGGCAUCUUAUUGUCGUGAUGCAUUAGCUAAAGCUGUUUAUGAAAGAAUGUUUAAUUGGUUGGUAAAGAGAUUGAAUUCAUCAUUAGAGGACAAGAGCAAAUUUAGAAAGACAGUAAGGGGUUUGUUGGACAUUUAUGGAUUUGAAAUAUUUGAACUUAAUUCAUUUGAACAAUUUUGUAUCAACUACUGUAAUGAGAAAUUACAGCAACUGUUUAUUGAACUUACGAAAAUAGAACAAGAAGAAUAUCUCAAUGAAGGAAUUAAGUGGGAGCCUGUGGAAUAUUUUAACAACAAAAUUAUCUGUGAUCUUGUGGAAGAAAAGCACAGGGGUAUCAUUGCUGUAUUGUCAGAUGAAGAAUGUCUCCGCCCAGGUGAUGUCUCGGACCAAACCUUUUUUACUAAGUUAACAGCUGUGGUAGGCACUCAUGUUCAUUUUAUUACGUACGUCACACCCUCCAUGGACGCAAGACAAUUGAACGGGGACCAGUUUCGUUUGAGGCACUACGCUGGAGAUGUGACCUAUAAAUAUUGA